AUGCAAAACAUAAUCGACACGUACGAAAUAAUUGGCAAAAUCGAUGACCAGAGAUCCAUUUCCUCGAACAGUCUGCUCAGCCAUGAGGAAUCCCAUGAGGGGUCCCUGGCUGCAGGGGGAAACGACUCCAAUUUGGACAGCACGGAGAGGAAGGGACUAAGAAACAACGCGGAUGGGGAAGAGGCUGAACAAGGGAGCAAAGAAAAUCGGUGUAAAGGGUACAAGGGAGGAUGCCCAAAAGGGGACACGAGUAAGUCCAAAAGUUCCACCAUGGAAAAUAUGAAAGGCGAGUUUGAGGGGGAGACAAGUACUGGUAACUUAAAUGGUGGGAGCCAAAGCAACUUGAUGCGCAUCGACAGCGGUGUUGAGAAGGCCGCGCCCGGUGAGGAGGCGGCAAUCCAUGGGGAACCGGCAACCACUAAGGUUUCCCCCUCGGAAAGCAAAACAAAUGACAAAAUUGAGGAUACUCUAAAUGGGGGUACCACCCAUGGGGGAGACUCGCCUACUGCGGACAACCCGAAUAGGAACUCCAACCAGGAAAGAACCUCCCAAAUUGACAACUGCAAAAAUAGCUGCAAAAAGCAUUACAAAGUGCUGAUACACGCGCCUGCCUGUUGGAAGGGAGAAAAGUUUAACUCCACCCCAUUCAUUUUUGUGUACGACAAGUCAAGUAACUUUUUUACAUAUAGUGAGUCUCCACUAGAAAUUGAGAAAUACAUAAUUGAUACGAGUGCAGAGAACUUCCAAAGCAGAGUACUGACAAUUAUUUUUUACGACUCCGUUUUUGCCUGCACCACUUCAUCCCUUCUUCUGAAUAACAACAAAGGAGAGAUUCAUCACUUGCCCAAGCCACUCAGUGUGUUUUACCUCCCCCUAAGCAAGUUGGACUUAUGUAACGAUUCUGUGAAAUAUAGAUUGGCUCUAAGGACAAACAGUAUCCUUUGCGACGUAAACAUAAAAGAAGCCAUUAGCUUGUUCAAUAACAAUUCUAAGAUAGCAGGACCAAAUGUGAAUAAGUUCAGCCUACAUUUAAUUUUGAAAAAUAGAAACUACCAUGACAAUGAGAUGUAUAGCUACCUGAAUUACCAGACGAAGUUUUACGGGUUGCCCCGUUCUAACCUCUCAUCAUGUGUGCCAAAAUACACAGGGGUGAGCACAGACAGGGCCAAAAUGGACAGACCCUCCAGAAACGUGCCCAAUAGGUACGUAACCAAGUCAUCCAAGAGCCAAGUGCAUAUAUUUACAAAACACCAAACAGAUCCGAACCAUUUUAUUUCCCUCGAGAGGUUAAAAAAUAAAUGGGAAAAUUACAACCAGGUGAAUAAUGAGAAGAGGACUCAAAACCACUCGGCAUACAAUCCGUUGAAGAAAAAGGACACAAAACUUACUUCUUACGGCAUACCAAAUGAUAAUGAAUCCUUUGUCAGCAGGGGGAAAUCGGAGGUGGAUCGUCAGGAGGCUUCCAUGGGUGGGGAGCAGCCACCUAUAAAUGAUACUCGAAAGUAUGGCGAAGCGAACAAUGAAAAGGGAACCCCAGUUAAGAGGAAUCUCAACAAGAAGGACACUUACAAUAUGAGCGAAGAAAUCAACUCGUACAAUUACGGGAAAACCAAAUCGAUAUACGACCUGAUGCAUGUCAGUAAGGACAAACUGUCAGUCGAUUUCGACGCGAAGGAUGACGUGUUCCCAGAAGACAGCGCGUCGAUGAUAAACAUUUUUGAAAAGGAAUCCGCUUUAUCCGAACGAGGGAAGCAGGGCGUGGAGGGGGGAAGCACUCUGACCAGCAACAUCAGGGCCGCCAAAGAUAUGUACUCUCGCGUGAAGAGCGCAAUGAGGAAGCGAGGAGAUGCUAGAGGCCAGAGUGGAGAUCAGUAUGGAGAUCGCUUGGCCGCAAAACCGGAGGAGCGCAACCGGGACGACGACCUGGAAUGCAUCACAAAGAGCCAAGUUGACCGAUUCGGAGAGGAUAAAUCGGCGUGCUACUCCCAGCUGGAGAAUUUGAGGUGUUUCAACGCGAACAACUCCGUGUGCUCAUCCUACGGGAGAAACGACGAAAACGUCAUCCUGGCCAUGAAGGAAAUUAAGCAGUGGAUGGAGAAAAUAGAAGACAAGAUGAGUACCAUCUCGUGCGACAAAAGCGACCUGAAUGCAGUAUCGGGACACAGCCAAUCGACAGACAAAAGGUACAACCGAAUUAUAGCCUUCCUAAUUAAAAGCAUAAAAAAUAAUAUAAGGCUGAAGAACAAGUGCAUAUACAGAAGCUGCUAUCUGAACAUACGAAAUCUGUACUUGUUAAAAAAAAAUGAAAAAGUCAAGUUUGAAAAUAAACUCAUGAUGAGGAAUUACGGGCAGCUAAAGUCCAAGUAUAAAAACGUACUAGUAAAUCUGUGCAAGAAGAACCUGCUGAUAAAGUACUACUCUAUAAAGGACAAAUUUCAAUACAGCAAAAAAUACGAAAAUAUGAUGAGACACCUGCAGCAGGAGAAAAAUGACCUACUGAGCAUUAUAGAAGAGAAGAAGUACGAGCAGGAAAACAGUCACAACAUCAACUUGAUGCUUUCGGAGGAGCUAAAAAAAGCUCAGGAAGAUAAGGAGUCCAUCUUAAGCAAGAAUUUUUUCUACAAAAGUGAGACGAAUAAAGCUGCCACCAAGUGUGAGAUGCUGCAGAGGGAGGUGGACCGCCUCAAGGAGGAGCUACAAUGCGCCAAACGGGAAAGUGAAAAGGAGAAAACGGGGACGGGGCAGAUCAAGUUGGAGACGGAGCAGCUGAAAAUGGAGAAGGAGGAACUCAAAAUGGAGAAGGAGGAACUCAAAAUGCAGACGGAGCAACUCAAAAUGCAGACGGAGCAACUCAAAAUGGAGAAGGACGCCCUCAUAAAGGAGCUGGGAGAGACGAAGGCGAAGUAUUUCAAUCUGACGGGGAUACUAGAAGGAGAGGAAAAGAUGUACAGCCAAAAGGUACAAGAGUUGGAAAAAAAAAUCGAAAAUCUGACAGAGGAAAAAAAUACACUCAUUAACGAAAUAAAAGGAGAAAUUGACCACCUUACAAAAAUGCUAAGCGAUAAAGAAAUGGAAAAUACCCAAAUGAAGGAGAAGCUGAAGGAAAAGCUGAAGGAGUUAAAAAAUGUGGAGGAGAAAUGCAAAGACACACAAAUCAAUUUUGAUUCUCUCAAAAAAGAAUUUGAAAAGUCAUUCGAUGAAGUCCAAAUUAUUUUAAAAGAAAUGAUACACAAGGAGAAGGAGUACACCAAGAAGUAUAAUAACUCUAUUAAAUGUUUAGAGACAGAACAUAGGAAGACUGUGGAGAAACUACUCAACGAGAAGGAGCAAUUCGUGACAGAAGCUAAUUACUACAAAGAUGUGUGCCAUAGUCAGUGUAGUAAGAUCACUUCCUUUGAUGAAAGCCUAACCGCGGCGGAAAAAUUGCUAGACCAUGUUCUGUCUCAGUACCCACAAGUGUUUAACGAUUUUAAAGUCAGCUCGAGGAACAAUGUACUAAAUAAGUCCUUUGGGAAAAUGCACUACGAAAAUAUUCAAUCUGUGCGAGAUAAUAUUAAACUAAUUAGGAAGUCCUUGAGUCAAUUCAAGAUGAGCUUUAAAAAUAGCUCCUUUAACUUCCAGAUGGGGUCUGAUUACAGCAGGAAGUACUCCCUCCAGAAGAAGGGCAGCUUCUCCCCCAUCACGGGAAAUAAACGAAUGAAUAGCAUUUUGAGAUACUACGGGAGUUAUCACAGAUAUGGUAACCAGGCAGAGCAUCCAUACGUCGAGGACGAACCCUUCUGUGAAGAACAAUCCAGCAGGAGGAGAUCCAUCAGCAAUAACAGCGCUAGAAAUAUGUCCAUCAUUUCGAACACUAGGAAGACCAUCAACUUGAAGAACCAAGUUGAUUCGUACAAUUCCCAGAUGCAGAGGAAUGUCUCCCAAAGUAGAUGCAGAAGUGGAUCCGUUAGUGGGAAGCAAAAGGUAUCCACACUAUAUGGCGACUUGAAGAAGAGGCCCUCUAGCCGAAAGGCCAGCCAUGAUGAAGAGGCUCCAAAUGGGGGCCCAGAAGACGGCAGAUUGGAUGACCAGCUCGCGGAAAGGGACUCAUCAAGGUAUACCAAAUCGAAGAGCGAACAACUCCGUCAGGAGGCAGCAAAGGGGAGUCACCUUGCCCCGGGAGAUUCCUACGAGGCCGCGAUGGAGUGGCACGUAGAAGGGAGCAACGGGGUGAGCGGGAUGGGCGGUGUAGGCGGCAUAGACGGCACUAGUUUCCCAAACGAAAUCGACGAGCUGAAUCACAUCGACAUUGUAAACAUGUACGAAGCCAACGACUAUUUCAACGACGGGGGGGCCACCAAUGGGUCCCCGCAGGGCGCAUCGAACACUCCAUCGAGCACCCCAUCCAAUCCCCCCGGGAUAAACGCGGAGGGCGAUUUCUCGAAUACCCACCCAGACAUAGAGGAAGCAAAAAGAAAAAACAGUGAGAAGGAGAACUACGAGUUUGACAAAGACAACUUCAAGGAAAUCAUAUCCUUUAUAGAAAAAAACGUUAUGAAAAAUUCAGACACUGUAAAUACAAGUGGGAAGGAUCGAAAGAACGUGGAAGAUUCGAAGGGAGCUCCUGGGAAGGCAUCCCUGGGCGAGAACAACGGAAGCGGAGGACAAGCCAUGUGCGAAAAUCAGGAACAACCAGUUGGUCAUGCUAAGGCGGAAGAGAAGGACAGCUCACCAAGGAGGGCACAAACGGGUCAGAGAAAUAUAUAUCAAUCCUCUCCAAGCAGAAAAACAGGAACGUUUAAGUACACAGAUAAGGUGAGCAAACACGUUCCGGAUAACAACGUUGCAAGAAGUGUUAGUAAUAACUCCAAGGCGACUAGCGGCCGAGGUAUUAUAGGGAGCAAUAAGGGUGGUCACCUGACUGGACUGCCAACUGGGCAGCAAAGCAGCAGAACCAAGAACUCAAGCAACACCACAUCAGUCACCAAAGCGGUAGUGAGCAGCUGCAGGAAAAACUCCUCCCUGAUUUACAGGAAGGGAACCGAAAGUGGCACGGUCGGUAAUAACAGGGAGGAUGAGGUGAAAAGACAUAUUAGCACUAACUAUAAGUACAGGGCUACGGAUGAUUCCGAUAAACAGUUGAAAAAAAACAAGUGGGACUUUCUCAAAUAUGCGAAGGGAUCCAUUGUAAAGAAGAGUGUGACUCCGGACAGGGAAAGGAAUACAAGUACCAACGCGAAUAAAUCAGCUCUUUCGAGGACCUAA